UNUUUUCAAUUUUAGUUAUUCGAAGCUGUUCUAGUUUUAUUAACCAUAAAAAUAUCCGCAAGGAAAAUUGGGAUUUUGGAUCCAUGUCUGGCAUGUGUUGCGGAAUGAAUGUGGGGGAGACGCAGACCACUGCCCCCGUAGAGCCAACCACCAAAUCCGCCAGGCGGCGGAGGAUGGAAAUCCACCAGUUCAACUUCUCGCCGGUCGAUUUGUCGGAGGACGGCGCCGGCAGGAGGAGGAAGAAGCUGAAGGUUGAUGCCGUCGUGAAGGAUGAAGAAAAACCAAAGGAGAAUAUCGGUGAGCUAUCUGAGGAGAAAAAGCGCGAGACGAAGAAGUCAUUUCGUGAUCUGUCUGAUUUGCGCUGGGGUUCAUCCCGUGGACUAAAACCGGAGCUUCCAAAGUUCGGAUUGACCUCAAUCUGCGGGCGGCGGCGGGACAUGGAGGACGCCGUCGCGAUCCACCCUUACUUUUGCGGCCGGAACCGAGAUUCUCCCUCCGGUUGGCACUUCUUCGGAGUCUACGAUGGCCAUGGAUGCUCACACGUGGCGACCAGGUGCCGGGAUAGGAUGCACGAGAUUGUGGGGGAGGAGAUUGAAAAGGGCGAGUCGUCCUCGUUUUCGUGGGAGCAGACGAUGGUCCAGAGCUUUUCAAAGAUGGACUUUGAGGCCGGGAGCAGGAAUACGGUGGCCUCCCCUUGUCGCUGCGAGCUCCGAACACCACAGUGCGAUGCUGUGGGAUCCACCGCCGUGGUCGCCCUUCUCACCCCGGACAAGAUCGUCGUCUCCAACUGUGGCGAUUCACGCGCCGUGCUUUGUCGAAACGGCGUCGCCGUUCCCCUUUCUGUGGACCACAAGCCGGACCGGCCGGACGAGUUGAAUCGCAUACAAGAAGCCGGCGGCCGGGUUAUCUUCUGGGACGGGCCCAGAGUCCUUGGGAUGCUGGCCAUGUCUCGCGCAAUCGGUGAUAAUUAUCUGAAGCCAUACGUGAUACCGGUGCCGGAGGUGACUGUGACGGAGCGUACGGCGGAGGACGAGUGCCUGAUCUUGGCAAGCGACGGGCUUUGGGAUGUGGUGUCAAACGAGACUGCCUGUGGGGUGGCGCGUAUGUGCCUGAUGUCUCAUAAACGGCCGGAAAAUGACAUCGGAGAUAGCUCUGACGAAGCCUGCUCAGAUGCGUCCGUACUGUUGACUAAGUUGGCGUUAGCACGUGGCAGCACUGAUAACGUCACCGUCCUCGUGAUAGAUCUGUGGAGAAGAUGAAAUGAAAUUACUGAUUCCCCCAACUUCAAAUAAUUUCCUAAUUGAGUUAAGUUGGCGGAUUUACAGGAACAUCAUUUUAGUAGUUUGACUAUAUUAUAUAGCAUAUGAUAUAUGUUUUUUUUUUUUUUUCUUUUU